AUGACGAGUAAUAAGCCUGUGCUGACGUUCGUGACUGGUAAUGCUAACAAGCUCAAGGAAGUAGUAGCCAUCUUGGGUGCCGAUUUCCCUUUUGAUCUGCGUAAUCAGGCUGUGAAUCUUCCAGAGCUGCAGGGUGAGCCAGCCGAUAUCGCCAAGGAAAAGUGUCGCCUUGCGGCCAAGCAGGUACAGGGUGCCGUAUUGGUGGAGGACACGUCAUUAUGCUUUAAUGCACUCAGUGGCUUACCCGGUCCAUAUAUCAAGUGGUUUUUGGAAAAGACGGGUCAUGAUGGACUGAAUAAUAUGUUGGCAGCCUAUGAGGACAAGUCCGCCUACGCCCAAUGUAUCUUUGCCUAUGCGUCCGUAGAUAUGGAGCCGCAGGUAUUUAUUGGUCAAACGCACGGGAAGAUCGUACCUGCUCGUGGGCCAAAUUCAUUUGGAUGGGACCCUAUUUUUCAACCUCAUGGAUAUGAACAGACGUAUGCUGAGAUGGAAAAGGUGACUAAAAACCAGAUCUCACACCGUUACAAGGCACUGGAAGUACUGAAAGCCCACCUUGUCAAACAUGAUGCUGACAAGUAA